AGAGCAUGUGGGUGGAUUGCAUCCAACGCUCAGACCUAUAAGUAACUCUGUUUCCACCUUCUUCUCUCCCAUCAUACUCUAGAACAUUCAAACCAACCUUCCUUCCUUCACAUGCCUUCUCUGUUCUUCUGGUGAUAAUAUAUUGUUACCAAAAAAGCAUAACAUAGAACGAGCGAGACAGAGAGAGGGAGCAUGGGGUGUGCUACGUCUGCUUGUGCUGGUGUGGAAAGGAAGAACAAGAGGAGUAUCAUUCAAGAAUCAGUAGUUUUUCUUCUACAGCUCCGUGUUCCUGUUCAGUCUGAUCAUCAGCGUCAACUCAAAGGCGUUGCUUCCAAGACAACCAUCGACCGAUUGGCAUAUCUGAGGAAUCAGAUUCAGUUGGUAGCUGAGGACACAGGUGGUUCUGCCUUUUCUGGGCUACGUACAGCUUUAGAGGAGUACCUGUCUCUUCUCACCGGUCUUAUCAAGAAAAAAAAGGAUGGUAUGGAGGGAUGUGUAGAGUUCAAAUGGAAACCCCUUGGAGAUUGUCAAAGAGCAGAGCUAUGUUUCACAAACCUUUGGAUAGAUAUGCUGACAGUGAUACACAUGAUGGCUGCUUUGGCAUUGGCUGAAGCUAACUCUCUUAUGAUUCCAGAGGAUAGUUCUGCUUCUGGCCAUGGCGUCUGUGUGGUCUCCAGUGGUUGCAAGAGAGACGCUGUUGACUUGCUGCUCAAGGCGUCUGGAUACUUGCAGUUCUGCACCCAAGAGAUUCUGCCUCGCAUUCCUCCUGAUGUAAAGAGUAAAUUGCCAGAUGAUAUGCAAGAGAGUGUUUUGCAAACUCUUUCAAUCCAAGCACUUGGCCAGGGAACUGAGUUUCAACUUGGGUUAGCAGUUAAUUGCAAGAACGUUACACUGCCUGUGAAGAGAAGGCUUGCAUGUGAGCAAGUCAUCUAUUUCUCUAAGGCAUAUCAAUGCUUGUCUGGUUGUGACGUAGUCAGCAAUGUGUGCGCCAAAAAGCUUCUCCUCUUCAUCUUCUGGAAGUUUCUGGAAGCAAAGGCUGCAGCAUACUACUACCAUGGACUGGUAACAGACAAGGGAAGUGAGCCAGCUUGCCACGCGAGGGCAGUGUGUUGUUUCCUCGCAGCUUCAGAGAUCCUAGGAGAAAGCAAGAAGGCCUGUGUUGACUUCUAUUUGUCUCCUCCUGUAACCAGGGCUCCUCCUAUUUGGGGGGUUAUGAAGCAUUUGAGCCAGAAGAUUCCAGAAAUUGCUUUUAAAAAAUAUCAAAUGUAUGGAUACUUGCUUAAAGAAGAGGGAAAGGUGAUGCAGGGUUUGCCAGAGCUACCAGACUUUCAAUUGUCACUGAUACCAGAGGAGUUUGACCUGCCUGAUAUCGAAGCCGUCUCUUUUGCCAAAAAAACAGACCCAUUCGCUUAUUGAAAACUAGUCUGAGAUUGAGAAUCAUGAUGAUGUCUGAUGAGGAACUUGAGAUCACCUUUGAGCAGCACUCUCUACACAUAAUCAUUGGAUUUUUCAUCACUUAUAAAUGUGAUGUAGCAUGGUUAUUCUAGAGUUACUUCUUUUACGCUAGUUUCUCGUCAGACACAAAAAAAAAAAAAUCUGAUAAGUACACUUGAGUACUGUCUGUAAUAUCUAUCUGAGUGACGAACAAUUUUGCUAAUAAA